CGCUUCCCUUCCGCGUUAGACCCCCAGAGGCCCCCCAGACCAGACCUCUUUCCGCGCCUCGCAGCAACAGAACAAAGAAAAAAAAAAUCUCCUCCUCCUCCGCCGCCGCCGCAAUGCAGCGCCUCUCCAUCGGAUCGCCGGGCGCGAGCAGGCCCCGCCUGGACGCCGCGGCGGAGGAGGAGGACGAGAAGGCGGCGGGGAAGGCGGGCAGGGCGGCGCUGGCCCCGGACAAGUCCAUCCACCUCGUGCCCCUCCUCACGCUCCUCUGCCUCCUCGUGCUCUUCCUCUUUUCCCACGACCCGGCCUCCUCCGCCAUCGCCGAUUCGCCGCCCGUCCUGGCCGUCGCCGCCCGCUCCCUCGAGGCCACAGCGGACACGAUGGCGUCGGUCGCUCGCGGCGGUGCGUUGAAAGCGGACCCGGUUCUGCGCCGGGGACGAAGGCUGGGCGCGACGCCGCGGUGACGGCGACGGGCGCGGUAUUGGGGGGAACGGGAAAGGCUAAGGUUGGCCCACGGCGACGCCAGGGAAGCAUCUAGCCGUUGAAAGACGACGACGCAUAUCUCUAUCCCUUCCCUUUCUCCCGUCCCCUCCCUGAAGCCGCGUGCGUUGCGUUGCUAGAAAGUUGAAUGGCCGCGAGUGUUCGUCUUCCUGUAGCCUCUAGAAUUGGAUUAUGGAUUGGAUUGGAUUAGGUCACCCAAUUCAACCAUUGCAAAUCACCAUCACGUGUUCAUAUUCCACUGUCGUUUGAAUUUUUUCUUGUUUAGCUGCUAUUGAUUGAUUCUGUAAUAUUUUUCCACCACGACUACUGCUGUUGUUACUGACGAAGAUGGAUAGAUAGAGUUCAGUUUCAGGUCA